CCACAUCUGUCAUUCCUGGAUCUCCUCUUGGCUUGUCGCUCUUGUUGGCUAGAUGAAGCUUUGGAAACUGAAUAACGUCACUGCAUGCAAAAUAAGUACCAGCAGGGAGAUCAACAGAGGGAUGUAGCUCGGUGAAAGGCACAGGGCUUUCUAUAACAGACAGCUGGAAGACACAGGUAAGGUAAGGUAAGUUAGACAUGUGAUCAUUUGCAGUUUUAUGUCUGUUUGUGAGAUUUUAAGAAAGCUUAGAAAUACUGAGGCCAUGUUGCAGUGACUUUUAGACAUGUAAAUGCACUUCCUCAAACAUAUUCAAAACUGUACAUCUCUUGUAAACAUUUCCUUGUUUUGUGAAAGCACAUGGUGGACCCAUGGAGCAGUUAAACCACCUGCGCUCCACUCUGGAAACAAAGAUGGACAUAACAGACGAAAACCACAUGGACGAAAUGAAGAUGGAGAUAGAGACCAAUCAAACUGUGGAUAAUGACUUUUCUGCUGGACUAUACGACGAGACACACAAACAGCUGACAAUCAGUGAAAGGCCUUUCAGCAGCUGCAGGAAGGUCAGAGUGAGAUCCAGACCUACACUUCAGUCAACCAAAAGUUUCCCCCCUUACAGUCAGUGCAUAGGUGGACUCGGAGGGGACGAAGAGCAGGACAAUGUGCUCAAUUCAGAGUUCAGCACCACUCAAGAUCCCUCUCUCAUAAAUAACGAUAUGAUGAGGGAUGAUGGGAAUGAGGUGGUUCAUGGCACAGAAAGAAAAGAAGACUUUGAGAUGAAUGCAAGAUGUACAAGGAAUGACAUGAAGGCAAAAUGGAGGAUGAGGAGGAGGGAGAGGUUAGGAGAUGGCUACAAAGUUGAUCCGGACGGAUGGGAGAGCGCAAGGUGGAGCGGGAAAAGAAGGGUCGAAGAGACUGAAAGAGAGAGGAAGCAUGAUGACAAGCAAAGGGAAGGGGGCACAAACGGGGAGCGGAAACACUGCAAAGGUAGAAACUUGAGUUUGGAGAUAGAGAGAAAGGAAGAAGUGAAGGAUGAGGAGUUGAAGAGAUCUCCAAAUUCAGCAGCGGAGGGAGAGAACAAAGGGAGACGGAAGACCCCAAGGGAUGAAGAGGCUGAGGAGCUGCCGGGAAUAAGAGAGAUCCCACAUCCAAUCCUCUCCAAACUUUUGUACUCCUCAUCCUCCACCUCCUCCUGCUCCUCCAUAAACCUCUCCUCAGCAGAGAGUGAUGAGGUCUUCAGCGAAGGAGAGGAUGCUGGCUCAAAGAGGAGGACAUUCAGGAAGUGCCGCUCCUGGAAAACUUACCUGACCAUGAUGCACUGGUCUCUGCGGCGGCAGAGCUCCUGGAUCCAGCUGGCUGGACAUCAAGGAAACUUCCAGCUGAGUGACGGAGGGGAGGUGUUGAAACUAUACAGUGAAGUGGAGGCGAAGUGCCUGGACUCCCUUAUGAGAGACCAGUUGAAACCCUUUGUCCCGCAGUACCAUGGCCUGGUCACCAGGGGGGAGGACCGCUACAUCCGCCUGGAGGACUUGCUGAGUGGUCUGAGGAAACCAGUCAUCAUGGACUGCAAGAUGGGAGUUAGGACAUACCAGGAGGAGGAACUGACCAAAGCCCGGGUCAAAGAAGUCCUGCGGAGUGACAUGUACCAGAAGAUGGUGAAAAUAGACCCGUCUGCUCCAUCAGCAGAAGAACAUGCACAAAAAGCGGUGACCAAAUGGCGAUACCUUCAGUGGAGGGAUACAACCAGUUCUACAUCCACACUGGGCUUCAGGAUAGAGGGCAUUAUGAUGGAAGACGGCAGCAUCCAGCGGGACUUCGGGAAAAUUCGAACUUCAGCUCAGGUCACAGAGGCGUUGCUUUACUUCACCAGGAGUCAGCGGGACAUCCUGAAAGCGUACCACACUAGACUCCUCGCCCUGAACGAUGCACUCAAGAAUUCACAAUUUUUCGGGACCCAUGAGGUGAUUGGCAGCUCGCUUCUCUUUGUGCAUGACCACAGCAGCAAGGCCAAUGUGUGGAUGAUAGACUUUGGGAAGACAACCCCCGUCCCCAACACGAGCAAGCUCCUACACAAUAUCCCGUGGGCUGAGGGGAGCAGAGAGGAUGGCUACCUCAUCGGUCUGACCUCCCUCAUCACUUCUCUGAGCCAGGCUAUCAAUGUGGCCUCCUGGCAGCAAGAGGACAGCUGUGGAGAGGAAACGAGUGUUAAAUACACUGAGGGUUGUGGUUGAGACGCCUCAUAAACAGCACUGAAAUUCAGGAUCAGGUGGACAAAAGGGCUGCUGUUACACUUUGAACUGUUGCCUUCAUUAACUUGAAGAGACAGAGGAGGGUUUGUUUUAGGGAAUUUGACUACACAGGCUGAAGAGAGCGAGGGAAUUCAAAUAAUUCAGCUAAAAUCCAUAGAAAUAUUCUGUCACUGUCUAAAUACAGUAACAGUGGAGAUGUUGUUUUGUUACAAAGACAGGUUUAAAAGACUUUAUUUUCUAAUUCCUUUUUUCUAUCAUUCAUAAAGGACCCAAAGACUCUUUACCUCCUGAUUCUUUCUCACCAACACCUUUUCUUUUUUAAAGAUAUAUUUUGGGUUUGUGUAUCUGCAGGUCAAAACAUAUUAUAUCCCACACUUUAUACACACUUAAAUAUUAAAUUAUAGUGGAAAUCCCAGAUUUUCCAGAGAUACCAACUGGGUGAAUGUGGUGGAAAUGUGUAUAAAAUGAUGCAAAAAACAUGCAGAGGAGAAUAUAUUCAUGUACAUAGCACACUGUAUAGCUUCAAAGAACAGCUGUUGAACAUGCUUAAUGACAUAAUGUAAUACAUUUUGGCUUGCUCUUUGACCGUUUCACUAUUA